GCUACAUCCGCUGCGUGGGGGGCAGGAAGCGCCCAACGGGGGGGUGGGGAGGAGCCCCCCCCAGCACAGCUCGUACCCACAGCACCCGCUCCGGCUGCACCGCUCAUGGCUGCUGUGUUGCGAUGGUGCCCAGUGCUGGUGUUGGCCUUGGCCGGACUGGUGAUGGCGGAUGAGCCGGCGGGCGGUGGCAGCGACCGGACAGUGGGAGCCCUGGUGGGCCUCCUGCUCUGCUUGGCUGUGGGCUUGGCCAUUGCCUGGCGCCAUCUUUGCCGCCUGGCGCCGGGACGCUACCAGCCCCGUCCCUGGGGACGCCGAGCGCUGGCGAGUCUAAGGGGACGAUGGCAUCUCCUGAGGGGACGCGGCCAACUCGACGUGCUGGGACACGGGGACUCCAAUGCAUGGGGGGACACGGUGGUGGCAUCACCCGGGGAUGAGGAGGAAGAGUUGAUGCCAUGGAGCCAAGAGCGGCGGAUGGAGAAGGAGGAGGAGGAGGACGGGAUGGAGGAGGAGGAAGAGGAGGACGUGGUGGUGGCAUCACCGGAGGACGAGGAGGAAGAGUUGAUGUCAUGGAGCCCAGACCAGCAGAUGGAGAAGGAUGGGAUGGAGAAGGAUGGGAUGGAGAAGGAUGGGAUGGAGAAGGAUGGGAUGGAGAAGAAGGAGGAUGGGAUGGAGAGGAAGGUUGGGUUGGAGAAGAUGAAGGAUGGGAUGGAGAAGAAGAAGGAGGAGGCUGAGGCUGAAGCUGGGGGUCACUCAUCGGGGGGCAGUGCUGAGGUCCUGCUCAGUGACCUGCACGCCUUCUCGGGGACGGCGGUGUGGGGGGACACACGGCCACAGCUCACUGCCCUCUGAGACCCCCCCGGGGGCCACCUGAGACCCCCAACCUGAUACCCCCCAAUCACUCCCUGUGACACCACCUUGAGACCCUCCCGCCCAAGACUGCCCCAAUAAAUAACAGC